CUUCUCAAUCACCCUGCGCAAGAGGUUCCUUGCUCUGUCACUCUCUUCAAGGCUGUCUUCAACGCCUGUCCACUCCUUUCUGGGCCUCUUAUACUCCAACACUGGUCACUCAUUCACUGGGAUCCUCCUCGCAGUCGGAAUCCUCCACGAGAACCAACACAACCACACCCAUAUCACUCACAGUAUCAAAAGGCAUUCAGUCUCUACGUCUUGCGGACUGGUCAUUUUCUGCCAUGCAUCUUAAGCUCGCUGUUGGAGCUGCUCUUGCAGCAUCCAUCACCACCGUCUCUGCUCAGGCUUGCUCUGACGGCAGUGCUCAACAGUUGGGAGGCAACUGGUAUUGCUCCGCUGUUGAUUCGAUCGCUUACACCAAUUUUGGCUCCUCCGGCAGCUAUGACGAAGUCACCCAGAUGGGCGGAGGAACCUGUGCCUCCAAGAAGAAGGAAUUCAGUGGGCCACUUGCUCCUUUGAAUGGCGAGGUGUCCUGGCAUUUCCGUGGCCCUCUUCACUUAAAGAAAUUCGCUUAUUAUACCCUUGGCUCCGGACUCAAGCCUGACACAAAACCCAGCUUCCAUGCACGCCGCCACGGACACGGCCACAUGCAUCGCAGAGCCGAAGAGAAACGUGCAGUUGGUGACAUUGUUACUGCCACUAUCAACGGCGAAGUUGUCACCUGGGCCAACGAGUAUGACGGCGGUGCUGCCCCUACUCCUGCCCCGGGCUCUUACAAGGGCUCCGACAAGGAUUCUAAGGGCUCCGGUAAGAAGGGUGGAGAUACUCGCAAGAAGACUCCUGAAUUCAACGCUGGUAUCGGCAAAUGGGGUCGCCAAGGUUAUUAUGACGCUGAGAAGGGUGUCGCCGAUGGCCUUACUUUCCUCAACCACAACGGUGGUCAGGGAUCUGGUGUCUUUGACUAUGACUUUGGAAACUCCCUCUCCUAUGCUUCUGAGGAUGGUCUGAGCGGUGCUGCUUCUCCCUGCGUUUUGAAGGAUAAUUUGAUCCCCGAUAACAAGGAAAUUAUCAUCAUGAGCGACAAGGAAUGCAAGGGUGACUCUUGUGGAACUGUCCGUCCUGGAACUGUUGCCUACCAUGGCUUCGAUGGCGCAAGCAAGCUCUUCCUCCUCGAGCUUUCCAUGCCCCUGAGUGGCAAGACCGGCUUUAACAUGGAUAUGCCCGCUGCUUGGAUCCUUAAUGCUGCCAUUCCUCGUACCCUUCAAUAUGGCAAGGCCGAAUGCUCCUGCUGGAAAUCUGGCUGCGGAGAGUUCGACGUUCUCGAGAUCCUCGAUUCUGGAAACACCAGAGCCAAGUCCACCAUCCACGCAAACAUCUCUGGCGGUGACAGCCACUUCUUCAAUCGUCCCACUGAUAAGCCAAUCAAGGUCGCAGUCGUCUUCAACGCUCUUACCAGCAGUGCUCACAUCAAAAUCUUGGACGAUGACGUCGAAUUCGCUCCCGUUAUCGACUCCACCGAGGUUACCAAGUUCUGCAUUGAGGCAACUCUCAACUCUAUCUUCCACCUCGGCUCCUAGAUGGAUCGCCACCACAGCUGGACUUAACCAGCAUCGUGCGAAUAAACAAUGUUAAGUGCUCCAGGUGUGCACGCACACUUGACAAUAGACCACAUCGUUCUCGCUUUGAACAUUCUCGUGAUGAGGUUCCGCGACUGGUGCUGCCGUGCGUCGCUAGUAUUGAUAUCCAUACCCUUUUUUUUUUUUUUAUCUACCCGUUUAUUUACCCCAAUAAGUAUUUUAUUGUAUAUGAAAAUGCGCUCUUCUGGAUCGCCUGAACUUGCAAAUGAGGGUCUCCCGUGAUUUUCCAUGCGGCUGAUUCGGCUAUGUCCAGAUUUGCGUUUCCCCGUUUAUAAAGACUCUACAGUCAACUGGAGUUGCAUGCUUUGUCUGUACUUUACACUCGAUUUUAUUUUCACGGACAUGCUUCUGGGCUGGAGGGGGCGCGGGCGGCUUUAGCUAUUAACUGGGAUUCCUUUUUUUUCAAUCUCCUAUUGCCUUUUUCUUUUUUUUUAAAGAAAAACAUCAGAGGAAUAACGAAUAGCAUGUGAUACACUCUUACAGUAUCUUGUCACUCUGAGAAAGUCAAAUGGUGCUUUUUCUCUUACUGUGCUAAAGCUCUUGUUCUCGCAAAAGAGGGUCCCAAAGCCCUACAUCGCCCCUCGCGUAUGUAUGUACGUUAACUGAUCGGGUUGGCUACAUGCUAGCCUCUCCGCAUAAUGCUUGUUAUUUUAGUACC